UUUUUUUUUUUCCUUUUCUAAAAAAUAAAAUAUUUUAACAAAACCAAAUAAAUUAAUAAUUAAUAAUAAAUAAAUAAAUAAAUAAAUAAAUAAAUAAAAAUGUCCUAUACCACCACAUCAAUUAUAUUAGCAAGUUCAAAUGAAAAUCAAUCAGUAAUAAAAUUAAAAAAUAAUCAUGAUUCAAUUAAAACGACAACAGAUAAUGAUGAAGAUAUAACUUCAACCACAAUAAUAAUAAACAACGAUAGUAAUGAUAGUAUUGAUAAUAACAAUAGUAAUAAUAAUAAUAAUAAUAAUGGUAAUAAUAUUUAUAAACUUUACUCUGAAAUAAUGUCAAAUGAAAAUAUUAGUAAAAGAAUAUUUUAUUAUAUUAAAAAAUUCGAUAGUAAAUUUAUUAGUAAAAAAUAUAAAGAUAUAUUAUCACUAGAAUGGAUGAUAAUGUACAAGCAUUGGGGGUUAAUCAAAGAUAAAGUAAUGAAUGGUCAAUAUAUGAUAAUUUCGUCAGUUUGCAAAAAAGUAAUAUUUUCAAUUCCAGAUUUCGAACUAUUCAAAUUAGUAUUUGAAAGAUAUAACGAAUACUUUCCCAAACAGUAUCCAUCAUUAAUUGAUAAUGCAACUUAUUAUGGAAAUCUAGAUAUGGUUAUAUAUUUACACAAUAGAGGAUACACAGCUACUCCCUAUGCUAUUGAUAAUGCUGCACGUUGGGGAAAUUUGGCAAUGGUUAAAUUUUUAAAAGAGAAUAGAUCUGAAGGCUGUACCGAUAGUGCCAUGGAAAAUGCAGUAGCCUUUAACGACUUUGAACUUGUUAAAUAUAUUCACCAACAAUUAUAUGAACCAUGUACAUUGUUUGCCAUCGAUCACGCCGCUUCAAAUGGAAAUUUAGAAAUUCUACAAUAUCUUCACAAGAAUCUUGGAAAUACUCCAUCACCCAAUGGUGCCAACUCCUCAAUGAAUAAUGGUAAUGGUAGUGGUUCAGUUGCUUCACCCAACUCAAAAGAAAUUAUGACAUCAAACACACCUCCAUCAACACCAAAACGUUCAAAAGCUUUAGAUUUAGCCGCUCAAUAUGGCCAUUUAGAGUGCUUAAAAUAUUUAAUUCAACAUAAUAUCAUUCCUCCAUCUCAUAACGGUAAUCGUGAAUACCCUUUAUUAAGUCCAAUAGGUGGUAAUAUUAGAACCUCAAAUGUAACAAUGAUGCAAGGUGAUCCACAUCAAGAUAAUCCAUACUAUAGUGCCACAAAGCAAGCUAUUAUUGGUGGCCAUUUAGAUAUUGUUAAAUACCUUUUCACUCUAUAUCAACCAACAACCGUUGAAGUAUUUGUACUAUCAAUUACCAAAGGUCAAUUGGAUAUUUUAAAUUUCUAUAUGGAGCAUUUAAAGAAUGUAGAUUUCGAAACACAUUUCAACAACACAUACACCGAAGACUAUAUAGCAUCAGCACUACACUAUAAAAACCUAGAUUUAAUCAAAGUUUGUCAUAAGGUAUUGGGUAUAGAAAUCACAUCAAAGGCAUUUGAUAUUGCUGUCCGUUUUGUCGAUAGACCUGACCUUUUGGUAUACCUUUUACAAGAGAAACCUUUACCAGAUGGUGGUUUUAGUCCAAAUCUUUUAGCAGACUGUUGUAUUUAUAAUAAUUUAGCCGCUAUUAAAGCCCUAGUAAUCUUUGGUGGCGAGUCUUUUUACCUUCAACCUCAGUCCUAUUGUGCUGGAAUGGAAAUUGCAUCAGCAAGUGGUUUCAUUGAAAUUGUACAAUACCUCAAUGAGCUAGAUCAAUCUCUUUCAAUUGGUGCCGCUGUGGAUAAAGCAUCCAUUAAUGGUCACUAUAACAUUGUAAAAUAUUUAACAGAAAAUAGACCAACUGCAUCGUGCACCACAGAUGCCGUCGACAAAGCAGUUUAUAAUGGUCAUGAGGAAGUUGUCAAAUAUCUUUUAUUAAAUAGAACUGAAGGUGCUACAAGCAAAGCAUUGAACAAUGCCGCUUAUUUGGGUGACUUAGAUUUGGUUAUGUUUUUACACAAAAAAGGUCAACAAUGUAGCAAGGCAGCUAUCAAUGGUGCAGCAUCAAACGGCUAUUUAGAUGUUAUCAAAUUCCUUCAAAAAAAUAGAACUGAGGGUUGCACAGAACAAGCUUUAAUUAAUGCUAUCUCUGGUAAUUGUUUAGAUACAGUCAAAUAUAUAAUCGAGCAAUAUUGUCCAAGAGAUAUACAAAUUACAGAGGCAACAAUGGUAGCAAUAGGCGAAUCGGGAGAUUUAAAUACUUUGAAAUACUUUAAAGAAAUAGUAUCAAGAACUGUAUCAGUUAAUUUAGAUUUUAGUCACAUUUUAAAACCAGCAUUCAACUAUGGCUAUUUAGAUAUAAUAAAAUAUUGCUUAUCACCAUCAGGAUCAACCACUCCACGUACUCCCACCUCAUCAUCAUCACCAUCAUAUUCACCUUUCAAUAUUCCACAAUUAACAUCUCCAUUAUUUUUAUCUUCUGGCAAUUCAAACUCCAGCUCUAGCUCAUCCACCCCAGUAUCAUCACAAUCGCCCAUUUCAUCGCCCAUUUUAUUAUCAUCGUCAUCAUCAUUACAACCAGUGCCACAAUCAUCACAGCAACAACAAGUAACAUCACCAUUAGCUCUAUCAUCACAAUCAUUAAACAGCAGUGGAAACAAUAUAACCAUAAGCAGCAACACCCCAUCAACUACAGGCAGCAACAAUGUCCUAAACAAUAUUAUUAUAAAUAACACACUAUCAACAUUAUUACAAUCACCCUUACAACUACCAUUAACGAAAGAUUUAAUUCAAAUCUCCUAUUCAAGAGGUCACAGUCAUAUUUUAGAAUACUUUUUAGAAUAUCACCCAAAACCUUUACAAAAAUAUUUAUCUGGUUUGGAUCUAUCUCCAAGAAGAAGAAUUUUAAAAUAUGAUGAAUAUCAUUUACUAUCUUAUUUAAAAACUUUAAAUACAAAACUAAAUACAAAAUCAAAACCAACAAUCUCAAUUUUAUCAAAAAUUUUACCAAUUAGAAAUAAGAAAUAAUAAAAUUAUUUUUUAUAAGAAAUAAAUAAAAGAUUAAUUUCUUUUAACAUUAAUAAAUAAAAUUCAACAAUUUUCUUAAAAACUCCCG